AUGACGCAUCUAAUUUUGUUGCUUGGACUUUUGAGUAUAACAUACUUCAGUGGUUCUCAAGCAGAAAAUGUUUUCUCACAGUAUUGGGAACAUCAUAUUGGUCAUCCACACCCUCCACAUUGGUUAUCUGCAAAGGUUUCUCCAUUAAGCUUCCAUCAGGUGACAAUGUUUAUGAAACUUAUGGAGGAAAAUAAAUUGACUUCUCACCUUCCUUCAUUCUGUAAGCAAGCUAAUAUUGUUUGUUCUACAAAUGCAUUGGUGAAAAAAAUGGAUGACACAACCUUGCCACCAAUAGCCCAAUUGAAUGUUGACAAAGUUAGAUAUGAUGACCUUCCAAAUAAAACACUCCCAUUGAUUGCCAGUCGAGAGGGUUCGCCAUUUUUUCGGGAGUCAAUAGUUAAAGAGGGAGGUUUCAUGUCUAUCCCUGAUCUAAGGGACCCAAUAUCAUAUAAAUCGUUUUUACCGCGACCUCUGGCAUCAAAAAUCCCAUUUACUAUUGCCCAGAUUGAGGAAUUGAAGAAGCUUUUUGAUGUGGUGGAUGAAUCAAACAUGGAUGAGUAUAUUCAACAAACACUUGAUAUAUGUGAGAAGAGCCCCAUUCAGGGUGAGCAGAGCAAUUGUGUGACUUCUGCUGAGGAUCUCAUUGAUUUUGUUGUCAAAAAUUUAGAACACCAUGUACGUGUAUGGAGUACUGAAAACGUCGAAGGAUCUUUUGAGAAUGUUACAAUUGGAGCUAUGAAACUCAUCCAUGGAAACCUCUCCUUACCACCAAUCUUAUGUCAUUCUCUUCCAUUCCUAUUUCAAGUCUAUUAUUGCCAUGUUUUACAGAAAGUUAAAAUAUAUGAAGUUGAUAUACAUGCUCGAAAGAAAGUGAAUCAUGUGAUCAUGGCAUGCCAUUAUGAUACAUCAACUUGGGAUCCAAACCAUAUUGCUUUUAAGCUGUUGGGUUUUGGCCCAGGCCUAAUUGAAGUUUGUCAUUGGAUAAACAAAAAUGGAGUGGUUUGGACAAAGUAUCUAAAUUGA